UAUCAUCUACUCUACAACAGGUGGCGAUAAGUAGACGAGGUUGCGUUAGUACAAUGUUCUCUUAAACACGAGAGGAAGAAACGGGGCGACGCUGAAGUUAGCUUCCGAUUCGACAGUGAAGGGAACCUUAACUGAAUAUACUGAAUCUCCUUUUUCUUUUUGCGGUUUCAAAAAUAAAAUAAAGUAUUCACAAGUCUGACACUGUUAUUUAAAGAGUGUCUGACUUGUCUGGGAUAAUGUCUUCCAGGUUCGACAAGUCCAAGUAUAGUGGUUUUUGAUCUGGACCUGGUCCAAUGUGGUAUCCACGUGGGAAAAAAAAGCUGGGAAAAGCUCCCUUUCUUGCUUUCAUAAAUAAGAUAACGUUUUCGCCAAUUUGAAAGUGGGUCUUCAAACAGCGUAAAGGUUUUAACUAAAAUAUCUAACACCGAUUUCACAGCAGCAAGAGGUGCAGAAAAAUGCGAAUCAGUCGCUCAGUUUCGCAUCUUAAGUGUCCCUCAACUUCCACCGUAACCGGUGACUCGGAAGCGAACUUCGGCCCCGUGCGGGAGAAAUGGCGGCGUACGCGAGAAGCGUGGUGAGUCUCGUCUCCAGAGAGCGACGUGACUUUCUAACCAGGGUAUGCGGCGUUAUGGUGGCAUCGAAACGGUACGUACGCGGACUGAGGAGGAAGCCGGUCAGAGUGCUGUUUCCCGACAACGACGCGGACACGGAGGUGCAGGCGAGGCCACGGCCUCGGACACCAGAGCAACAUGUGAAGAGGGAGAGGAAGGAGAAGGAGGCAAAAGUCACGUCUGCGGCAGAGCAUCUGGAGGAAAGUGGCUCCGUCAGGGCGAGGGCGAGUGAGCAGUCAGCUCCAAAACACGCUCACGCUUCUGCCACCAAGGAUCAGGUGGAGGGACUGCGCUUUGAGCGGGCCUUUCCUGGGGAUAAGAGACUGGCGAGGUUAGUGAGCGUUGCCCGCUCCAGGACAUUUCGGGAGCACCAGGGUAAAAUCCUCCUGGAGGGCAGGCGUUUGAUCUGUGAUGCCCUGGAUGCCGGUGCCAACCCGCAGAUGGUGUUCUUCAGUACAGUGGAUCGGCUCCGAGAGCUGCCCCUAGACAAGCUGAGAAGGGCCACGCUGGUCAAAGUCAAGUUUGAGGACAUCAAGAUCUGGUCUGACCUUGUGGCUCCACAAGGGGUGAUUGCCAUAUUUUCUCGUCCGGACCCAUCACGGUUAAACUUCGCAAGUACAGGUCAUUCAGUGCCAUUGUCCCUGAUAUGCGACAAUGUCAGAGACCCGGGCAACCUUGGGACUAUGCUGCGUUGUGCUGCUGCUGCUGGAUGCCAUAAUGUCCUGCUCACCAAGGGUUGUGUUGAUGCUUGGGAGCCUAAAGUUCUGCGCGCAGCAAUGGGCGCCCAUUUCCGCCUUCCCAUCUACCCCAGCCUGGACUGGGAUAAUAUCGAAAAUCACCUCCCUAAACCUGUGACUGUCCACGUGGCUGACAGCAGCUGUGGCCCUGACAGAAGUAGACAAACAGAAGAUUUGCAAGUCAAUGUGUCCCACAAACCCUGCAAAGCAGGUGACUAUGGCUGGGUCAGCACAAGGCGUAGUCGCAGCAACGUGCACUACGAGGAAUACAACUCUGAAUCGGACUCUGACUCGGACUCUGACUCGGACUCCAAGGAUGAGGGACUUUCACUCCCCAGAGUGGACACCAAGCUGUACCAUGAGAGCUGGGCCCAGAGUCCCACAGCUCUUGUGAUAGGUGGUGAGACACACGGUCUCAGUCUAGAAGCAGCCCAGCUGGCUGAGAAAACUGCCGGGCACAGGCUCUUUAUUCCUGUCGUUCCUGAUGUGGACAGCUUGAAUUCAGCCAUGGCAGCCAGCAUCCUUUUGUUUGAGGGCAGGAAGCAGCUGUUAAAACUAAUGCAGUCAUCCGGACGGAAAUGGAAAUCUAAAGCUGAGGGGCAGUUUUCAUGAGGUUCCCUCUAAAUAUCAGUGUGACUCCUGGUGUACAUUUCUCCAUACAAAAUAAAUCCUGCUCUGCUGAUAAUAAAACACAGAAUUUCAAUCAGGGA